AAACUUUGCAUUUUGCAGUUUUACAUAUAUUUUGGGCUGUAAUUUAGACCAUGCUCUUACAGUUCAAGGUUUACUUGAUUUCUAUUAUUUACUUUUUAGGCAUCUUGUUUAUGAUCUUAUUUCCUCCGAGAAACUUUAGACAAUCAGGUGCAAAAAUACGUAAAAUUAGAAGCACACCGAAUGUACUAAAAUACCCAAAUUAUGUCGACCCCAAAGCCCUUUUGUCAAUAGCAUCACAAUUUUCAAAUGACGAGUCAGAGGUUGUUCGGACAGUUUUAUUGACCCCAAACACUUAUGAAAAUCGUUCUAUCGUUGCUAUUGAAUUACGAAGCGAUAAACAAAGCAAAAAGCCUGGUGUGCUUGUUAUAGGAGCAUUAAAUGGGAUGGCCUGGGGUGCAUUGAAUGCGAUUCUCGAAUUGGCUGAUAAGCUGUUAUUCGACGCUAACUACCAAACUCCAUUUUUCAAUGACUAUGAUUGGUACUUGAUCCCAACGGCCAAUCCCGACGGAAUACAAUUCACCCAAGAUAUACGUUCUCGACAACCUUUGGAAAUCAGCCAAUGGUCACGUAAUUUGACGGCCAGAUCAAAGACUAGACCGGUAGAGUGGCACAAAAAUGUAGACAAGGAUUUAGAGAAGGACACGUGCUUUGGAACGAAUAUAAAUCGCAAUUUUGCUUAUCACUGGCAAGACGAUGUCCACAAGAAACCAGACUUAUGUUCUCAGUCCUAUCCGGGGUCCAGGCCGUUCUCAACGGCAGAGUCUCAGGCUAUUCGAACAUACUUAGAUGGUCUCGGCGAAUCAAUACAACUGGCAAUACAUCUGCAUGCCAGUUUCGUGCCGAAAAAGGAAUAUAUACUAUAUCCGUGGCGGUACUCACUUCGGCAACCAAGCAAUUAUCGUGCAUUACAAGAAAUAGGGGAAUAUGCAGCUCGUCAGGCACGUUUACCUGACGGCCGUCUUUAUCAGGUUCAUCAAGGCAGCAACGACGCACGUGUCGCGGGAACGCUCAGCGAUUACAUGUCUGGAGUUGUCGGCAUCGAUUUAGUUUUCAUUAUAAAGCCCUAUCAUGAGCCGUUUCCGAAUUAUACAGAUGCCAGCUUACUGGAAACAUACGUCAGGAAGUCGAUAACGACCAUCCUGAGCGUGGUUCGUGGAUGGCGGAGCAGCACCAAACAAAACACACUGUCGUUUUUCGGCAAAGACGUCGAAUUCUGAACUGCCAUCUUCAACACAAUUAAUACUCAUUAACAGUGAAUAGAAAAUAUUUAUUUCUUAUUUAUAUAUCGACGCUUGAAAGGCAAACGUGACUAAGCGACAAUAACUGCUUUGUACAUAAUUUAUGAUAGGCAAUAACCAUAUUCGAUGCGCAAAAAAAAUAUGUUUCUAGGUCUAUUCAAAUCAUUUCAUUCCUACAGCUAAAAUAUAAUCUUUUCAAAGGUAUUUCAAUAUUAAAUUAGUUUACUGUAAAGUUCACGCGUUGUCGCUUAUUCACGUUAUCACGUUUGCCUUUCAAGCGUCGAAUUAUGCAUUCAACAAAUCGCGAAUUUGUAUUUUUUUUAUUAUGAGCAUACGUUAAGGUUUAUUAUUGUUGUAUGUUAGAACAACAAAAAAAAAAACAACAACAACAAAUUUGGUCAACA